GUCUCCCGGGAAGGAGGCCCGCAGGUUGUCCGGGGACCCGCCAUCCUUGUCCCCGCCGCUUGGGGCAGAGUCCUUCGGAAGGCGCAAGCGCCGGGCAGCACGUGCUGUGUGCGUGCGCGAGUGUCUGCGUGUGCAUUCCUGAGUGUCUGGGUUUUCUCUUCGCUUUUGCCGAGGGUGGGGUGGGGUGGGGGUGUUCACGGGUCUGCCUGCUUGCUUGUAUGUCUCUUUUCUGUAUUUAUGUCUGCAUCUGACUCUGUGUAUUUCUCAAGGUUUGUGUGUGUCUCUCUGCUGGUGCGUUUCUUCUCAUGCCUGCCCCCCCCACACACCCCCAGGUCCUUGCUUGCUAGGUAGUUUUUCUUUCCCUGGGUCUUUGGGAACGUGCAGGAGGUCUGAGAACAACUUGCUGGAGUCCGUUCAUCUUUCGCCUUGUGAGUUCCAGAUGCUACGCCCCGUGGGAACCUGAGCUAAAGCUGCGUUGGAGGCAGACAUCCUUGGCUGCUCCAGGUUAGGAAGAAGAGCGUGCUCUUCUCCGCCUGGGUCCUGAUUUUCCAUCAGCACUGGAGGAUCUGCUGCUGCCCACACACUGCCUGACAUCGGAGCUAGAGAGUGAGAGUUCCAGAAGAAUUCCACAGAGUCAGCAGAGGCUGUGUGGCACAGACCUUCAUGAGCCGGUACCAGGCAACCCUGCUGGGGCUCGGCCUGCUGCUCAUGCUUCUCCUGUAUGUGGGGCUGCCUGGCCUGCCUGAGCAGACUUCCCAGCUCUGGAGGGGCCCCAAUGUGACAGUCCUGGCUGGUCUCACCCAAGGCAACUCUCAGAUAUUUUACCGUGAGGUGUUGCCUAUCCAGCCAGCACACAGGGUGCAAGUGGUGUUUCUCCAUGGGAAGGCGUUUAAUUCCCACAUAUGGGAGCAGCUGGGCACACUGCAGCUGCUGUCUAAGAGGGGCUACCGGGCUGUGGCCAUUGACCUUCCAGGUUUUGGGAACUCAGCACCUUCAAAGGAAGCCAGCACAGAGUCAGGGCGAGCGGAGCUGCUGAAGCAGGUGCUGCGGGACCUAGAGGUGCAGAAUGCUGUAUUGGUGAGCCCGUCCCUGAGUGGCAGCUAUGCCCUGCCCUUCUUGAUGCGAACCCACCACCAGCUCCGUGGAUUUGUGCCCAUUGCACCCACCUCCACACGGAAUUACACACAGGAACAGUUCUGGGCUGUGAAGACCCCAACUCUUAUCCUGUAUGGGGAACUGGACCACACCUUGGCUCGAGAAUCACUUCGGCAGCUCCACCACCUGCCCAACCACUCUGUGGUGAAGCUACACAACGCGGGCCAUGCCUGCUACCUCCACAAUCCGCAGGCCUUCCACCUCGCCCUUCUUGCAUUCCUUGACCAUUUGCCUUGAAUGGACUCACUUCCCAGAACUGACCUCGAAGGGUCCAAACGCUCUCUCUCCUCUUCCAGGGAGGCCAGUCCUGAGUGGGGUUGGGGACAGAGCAUCAAGCCCAGCCAGGACUUUUGAUUUCAUUUCACAGGCACAAUAAAGAAAAGCCCUUUUGUCCCGCCUGGAGAGUGA